AACACAAUGAAUGAUCCAAACAAAGUGAUAAAUGUUAAUCUAUCGUCGCUGCUAAGUCUUAAGGCGGAAUUAUUACGGAAGCAAGCGGAAGUUACGAAGGCCAAGAAUCAAAACAUUGCCACCACUGGAAACACAUCGUCAGCUAGUGGCCAGGAAUAUGUGUCCAUUAAGAACCAACGACCGUUACCAGAUAACAUUGAGGACGACAUAACCACAUCUCAACGGAAAAAGGAUAAAAAGAAACGUGCCAAGGAAUUGGAAAAGUCCGAGGAUAAGGCUGUCUAUGAACAUGAAGAUUCUGUGCUUUUGGAAAAGUCACAAAAGAUCUUAGAAGCUAAGGCAAAGUUUUAUGAGCGUAUGACCAAGUCUGGAGGUAAAUUAAAUUCCGAUGAUAAUUGUCUGGUUAUGUUCAACAAGAAGAAACAAGAGGAGGAUAUAGGUGCCUCAGGAUGUAGUAGAAAUCGAAAAGAAUAUUCUGAAUCGGAGGAUAGUGAUGAUAGCAGUGGAGAUGAUGAUUACAGUGAUCACCACGAUGAUCCGGAAGAUGAUUGGGUAGAGUACACCGAUUGUUUGGGUCGAACUCGCAAGUGCUUGAAACGUGACCUGGAAGAUGCAAAGAGAAGAGAUAAGGAACUUGCUGCAAGUAUGCCUGAACGUUUAGAUCAAACCAAGGCCAACUGGCUAAUCGAUACCAUGGGAUCCAAGAAAUCCACUAGCCUUACUGGCGAGAAUAAAGAUGAUGAGGGGGAUGAUGAAAUUAUUGGUCCAAUGCCACCUGCCUCGGUGUUUGGCGAUGGCUUAUCAAUGAUGUCCAAACAUGAGGAACAAAAAGCCAACUGGGAACGCAAGGAACAAGAGAAUCUAGAUAAAACCGAUGUCCAUUAUCAGGAUGUAUUCUUUGAUGAGGCCCGUCAGCAUGGAGUGGGUUAUUAUGCUUUCUCCACGGAUGAGGCGGAACGUAAAAAACAACAAAAGGAACUGUUAAAGGCUCGAGAGAAAACCUUGGAGGAACAGGAGCGGAGGGAAGCAUUGCGUGCCCAAAGGGAAAAGAUAAUUGCUGAACGGGUAUUGGCUGCAAAGAAUAGACAAAGAGCAAGAUUGGGUUUGCCACCCUUGGAGAAGGAAGACUUCGAAAAAGAAAAGUCCAAAGAAGAAACGCCCGAAGAGACCAAAGAAGAGCGUAAGGCACGUAAGAAAGCAGAGAAAUUGGAGAGGAAGCGUCAAAAGGAAGAAGAGGAAAGGCAAAGAGAACGCCAGCAACACAUACGUCCAUGGGAUCAAGAAAAAGAUGGGGUAAAGGUGAAUAAACCAAAACCAGAAAAUGAAGAUGAUGGCGAGUGGCAAUAUAAACCUGAAUGGGAACCCAUGACUCAAGAACAAUGGAAUGAAUAUAAACGCAAAGAACGACCAGCUGAGUUUGCCCCACCACCAACGACCGAAAAACCAAUGAAACGUACAAAUUUCCGUAGUACCACACAUGCUAAUUACAAUAAUGUACCACCUCCCACCUCCAUUGGAAUAUAUGAAGAUACUGCAGCUGCUGAAGAACUACCUCAACCCUCAAAAUUCAAUACCUUUCAAAGUUCAAAGAAAAAAGAAAGGGUGUUCAAGCGGCGUAAUUAUGAAGAGCCACAACAAUGUCAAACUGCUGCUGCUGACGAUGAUGAUUCUUAUGCCAGACAAAAUGGUGUUUGCAUACCACCACCAUCAAAUUUGGAAGAUUUCUUUUUACCCUCCCAGGCAAAAAGACAAAAAUCCGCCAAAGAAGUUGAAAAAUCCAUUGAGGCUGGUUUAAGAUUUAUACGCGAAAGUUGUGAUAAACAAAUGCCUGCCACCAAAUCCUCAUGGACAGCAAAGGCUGACUACUAA